AUGCACAUAAGCAAUGCUAAAACCAGUCUUAUCCCUGACCAAAAAGAAAAACCGAGGAAAAAUUCCAAUCUACAAAAAAUCACCUUUAUGAAGCCUAUACUUCUACAAAUAACUCCCAAAAUAUCUUAAUUUUAAUCAAUAAAUGGCAAAAUCAAAGGAAAAAGCAUAUAAAUAAGCGACCAGUGUCAGCAGGAGUAAUAAGAACGACUGGAACUGUAAUUGAUUUAAUUCGGAAAUUACACUCAAAGACUGAUAAAAGUAAAUUUGCAGAAUAUGUUGAAAUUCACACACAAAAAAUCGUAAAAGAAACCGAAGAACUCAAAGAAAAAAUAAACAAACGGCAAAGCAGCUUACCAAGAACUACAGUUGCCCCAUCUCCAAACAAGAAAUCAGAAGAAGAAAAAGCAAUUAAACAUAGCGCCACUCUUCCACUCGGAAAACCCCCUACAGGCCGAAAACCAACAGCCCAUGAGUCUAAAGAAGACCAUAAAGCUGAGACAAAUAGAAAUCCUUUACUUAGGCCGCCAUUACUUCAAAGGAGUCCAUCUCCACAGUCAAAACAAGAAAACAGCCUCACAGACCCAAAAUUCCGAGGUUCUGUUGAAGAUUAUACAGUAGGCACACAAGUGGGCCAAGGAGCUUAUGCGUCUGUAAAAGUGGUAGUCCAUAAUCCUAGUAAACAAAAAUGUGCAUUUAAAACUUAUGAAAAAACAAAACUGUUAGACCCACAUCGGAAAAAAAAUGUGAUGAGGGAAAUUGAUAUCAUGAGAAUGCUGGAUCAUCCGUACAUAGUAAAGCUAUAUGAAGUUUUGGAUACCCCGAGGCAGCUGCAUCUUGUUAUGGAAUAUGUGCAAGGAUGCUCAUUGCAUGGGUAUUUGAAGAGAAAACCUAAUAGACGACUUGAUGAGACUGAGGCAAAAAAACUGAUAAAACAAGUUUUGGUGGCUUUGGAUUAUUGUCAUAAGAAAAACAUUGCGCAUAGAGACAUAAAAUUGGAGAAUUUGCUGCUGGAUGAGCAUUCAAAUGUAAAAUUAUGCCUUGUUAUAAUAAAUUCUGAUGGAAAAUAUUAUAUAGGAGGUUGCUGGAAUAGUUCAUAGGCAGGGGUAUAAUAGAUUUUGGGUUCUCUACACAUAUGCCGAAUACUCAAAAAGCAAAAAUCUUCUGCGGGACACCAAGCUAUAUGGCUCCAGAAAUUGUAUCUCGAAAAGAAUACGCAGGGCCGCCCGUCGAUAUUUGAGCAGUUGGUGUCUUGAUUUAUGUAUUUUUAUGUGGGACAUAUCCAUUCAGAGGCUCAAAUGACACUGAAUUGUAUAGAAAAAUUCAACAAGGCUAUUUUACAGUUCCUCAGCAUGUCUCAGCUGGAGCUAAAAGUUUGAUUUUGAAAAAUAUUCUAUAUCCCUUUACCAAUAAUUAUAAUAUUUCUUAUUUAUUUCUCUGCCCUUUCCAUAUAAAAAAGCUAUAUUAAAAUUAGACCCAAAUCGACGGCCAAGUGUAGCAGACGUUUUAAAAGACCCAUGACUUAACACCUCAGGGAUUUUUGCAAUGGGCGCUGACGAAGAAAUGACACAGACUUUUGAAUACGCCUCCAGUAUCAAUGGUGACGCCUUAGAUUUAGAUAUCGUCUGCAGCAUGAAGAAAUUAGGUUACAACGAAAGUCAGCUUCUUCAAGAGCUUCAGAACGAAAACAGCCAAAUCUCUAAGCUUUAUAAGAAAAUCAAGCUGUCAAGAGGCCAAUCUACAGAGUGGGAUAAAAAGAAAUUCAUGAGCGCAGGGAUUAGUUAG